AUGCAGAAAUCUUUAGAACAGGCAUUGGAAGAUACAGACAAUGUCAAUGCCGGAGUCCAACACAGGAGCCCUAGAAGGAGACCCUUAACUAGUGAGGAAAAGUCUCUACAGGAAAAACUCUAUGACAUUUAUGUUGAAGCAUGUGAAAAGGAGACUGAGGUGAGGGAGUUCAGAAGCAGCGAGAGCUUGCUAGACCAGCUUAUCAGGAGUGAGGACUUUCCUUGUCUGGUGAUUGACCUCAACCCAGGGGAUCAGGGCUGUUUUGCAAUGAUCUUGGACAAAGAUGGCUCCCUUUCAGAGAGCAUUGCGCUGCCUUAUUCAGGAGAGAAACUGCUUGAAUAUUUAGAUGCAGAAGAAUUACCGCCAUAUCUGCUCAAUAUCUUGGAAAACUCUGAGGUGAACCUUUUCCACCAUGGCUGUGUCUUAGCAGAAAUCCGUGACUACAGGCAGUGCAGCAGUAGGGAACUAUCUGGUUAUCAAAGUCGGCAUAUUCUCUUGAAACCAAAGGUGAAGACUUUAAUGUGUGAUAUGGAGUACAUGGUAAGUGGUGGCCAUCGUUGGACUCAGGAAGAGAAACAGGAGUUUGAGAGCCAGAUGAUCUUAGCAACAGCAGACCCAUUGUGUCUUGAUCCUUCGGUCUCUGGAAGCUGCACUAGCAAAAGACUGCUGUGCCAGAGGCAGGAUGGGAGGGAUGAGUCGGUGAGGCCUAGCUUUAUGAGGUCGCCAUGGCACAGCGUGGAUUGGCAAUGGGAGCUGCCUAAAUACACAGCGAGCCCUGGGUUUGAGGCAAAGACUGUUUGCAAAAAACAAGCGGAAAGAAGUGGCCACCCUUAUGAUCUGGUGAUUGCAGCGGCGGCGGCGGCGGCGGCAGCGGCGGUAGAGCCCGGGGACACAGAACAGCAGAGACCCUGUGAUGUGGAUGUGCCUUCGGAGCUAGAUGUGCAAAGAUAUGCAAAAGGGAGUUCCUUUGUCCCAUUUGGUGACUCACAGGCAGCCGCCUGGGCCGUUCCUGAGGCAGGAGAUGAGUUUGCCUUGGCAUAUGAACCCGGUGAUCCGGCCAGGGACAUGAACUUUCUUAUCAUGCAGUCACUUAAUGACCCACUUCUUUCUGACAGCCCGUGGGCAGCUCAAGAAGUUGGGUGUGAGAGCCAGAUGAGUCCCCCUUACAUCUUCUCAAGUUACCCACUGGAUGCGUUGAUGGCAGGGUCCAAGCCCAAUGCAGGGCGGGCUGGUGGUGCAAGCCAGGAGUCUGUUCAGGGCAAUGCUGCAUGUUCACUGUCCAGUAAGAUGGAAUCCAAGUCCGGCGGCUCAGCUGUAGUCAGCAAGGCCUCUUCAGGGAAGAAGCCCAAACUGCCUACCUCCUGGUGGGUCCCAUCUCCCGCCUCAGAAUUACCUUGGGGGACAAGAAUCAAUCUUGCCUGCGUCUCAGGAUCGAGAGGUGUAGGACUCCAAGCCAAGAGCUCUCGGAAGCUCAGGCGUCUGGCUCCUGGUCCAGCUCCUCCUCCCAAACCUCCUCCCAAGCCUCCUCCCAAACCUCCUCCCAGGCUCCCUCCCAAGAUUGCUCCCAAACCUGUUCCCCCGCCCCCGCCGCCCCCACCGCCGCCCCCUCCCCCACGCCCUCCCAGGCUUGCUCCCAGGCCUGCCCCCCCUCCCCCUCCUGAUCCUCCGUCCCUUCGCAGCCCCACUCCUACCACUCCCUCUUCCAGUCCCACUCCCACUCCUAGUCCGCCCGGGGCUCUGGCUUCCCAUCUCGACCCCCCUCCCACACCUGCUCUCCCCACCCCUCCCCUUCCUUCUUCCACUGCUGCUUCCCUUCCCACUCUUACCCCCCCUCCAGCUCCCAGUCCUGUCCCCACUGCCACUGCCAUUCCCACCGCUGCGCCUGCUCCCAAGCCAGCCAGCCUGGCAGGGAGAUCCCGAGCAAGGGUCGUCAGGAGGAGUAAAGGGCCUCACGCGGCCAAGGGCCCUGCUAGCUCGUCAGAAAGCACCCAGGCCCCCAAGGCCCCCACCAGCUCAAGCAACCCAAAAGCCACCCAGGGGGCACAGAAACCUUCAGCUCUGGUAAGUGGCUCAGUGUUGGGGCUGGUCUGUCCCUCUGGCGCCCCCAUACCUGGGCAGGUCUCUCCUUCUGGUGGUCUGCUGUCCCUAGGAGUCCAGCUGCCCAAUGCCCCGGUUGGAUUAAUGCAACCCCCUACUCCCAUGGCGAUGCAGUUUCUUGUGAAUAAUACUUUAAAUUCCAUCACAGUGCAGAUUCCCCCCGGAGGUGUGGUCUUGAACCCCCAGCCUCAGUUAUAUCAGUUGCUUCCACAGCAACAGCUUCUACAAUCCAGAGCGCCUCCUUCUCCACAUCCAGUGCCCUCGGCUUCUGUGCAGGGGUCUGGCAGUCAACAGUGGGUCACCCCUGUGCAGGUAUCUAGCAGUCAACAGUGGGUCACCCCCGUGCAGGGGUCUAGCAGUCAACAGUGGCUCACCCCUGUUCAGGUGUCUAGCAGUCAACAGUGGGCCACCCCUGUGCAGGGGUCUAGUGGUCAACAGUGGGCUACACCUAUUCAGGGGUCUAGCGGCCAACAAUGGACCACUCCUGUUCAGGGGUCCAGCAGUCAACAGUGGGCCCAGUCACCUCAGCAAGCAGUAGUUGUUACCCUUGCUGGCGUGGGGAGUUUCCUGCUGCCCCACGCAACUCUAUUGGAGCAGUCAACACCUGGGCACAUUAUUCUGCAGAAUUGCCAGCCCCCUCCUCCUGCCCAGCCACAGCAGGUGCAGGACAGUAGGUUCCUUGCAAAAAGCUGUGUUUUUCCUUUUUCUGUGGCCUUCCCUGAAGGAGCUCUGCUCUCCUCCAUAAAGAGCUUCAGUGACCUGCAGCUGAGGUCCCUUUGGCCGUUCUGA